ACCCAUCUCUGUGUGACAUCCCCUCACAUACAUUUACUUCAUUAAGAGCUAAGAACACCUAAUUGAUAUUAAUGAGAGGAUAAUAGUCUGCCACUGUGUUUGAAUUCACGCUUUAGUUCUAAAAAUAAUGAAGCAGAUUUUGCAUGUUAUACACCAAAAUGAAAAUAAGGAGAUGUGUCACUAACAAUAUAGCAAUGGAAUUAUAUCUUUGAUGACCAAGGUCUCUAAGGAGCUUGUGGGAAGACUUCACGCUAGCAGAAUCUGUCAGUUUUGGGAUGCAAGUAGCAGGUAUCUAUGGCUGGAGCACCAAGACCAGUGACAAUGGAGGUGAAUGUAGAUCUUGGCAAGAUGAAAUAGGGUUGGUGGCAAAGGUAAAAUCAGGUACUAAUAAGGGUUAGAUACUAGCAAGGCAUGGCAAAGCCAAAGACAGGUUAUAGUAGGCAGCCAACAAGGUAUAGCAGGUGCAAAGUUGAAGUCAAGAGCAAGCCAAGCUCAGAUACUAACAGUGUGAGGCAGAACUAGAGGCAAAGGGCAGUUGUUGUUUGUUGUUGUUGCUGAUUUCAACAUUGCAUACCCCACCUUCUUUCCUUUUGUGAUGAACCAAGGCAGUUUACAUAGCUCUGUUUUAUCUGCACAACAACAGUGCUUAUUGUUUCCAUGCUAAAUAACAAGCACUUGUAUUGGAAGAAUCAUAGACAAUUAUUUAGGAGGUACUACAUAUAGAGUAACUUUCUAUGUAAAAACUGUAAUAUUGGAUAUGUGAUGGUAUAUGGAUGGGAUUUCUUUACUGUUUUGAAAUGUGUUUUAUCUCUUCACAAUAUGUUAUGGAGUUAUUAAAAUAAAUGACAUCAAAACUAGAUGAGUAUGUGCUAGUAACCAUCAAAGGUUUGUGGUUCAAAUCCAGAAAGUCACUUCAGAAGUUCCUUGGGACAUGUAUAUGGAAUUUUGCAAAUGCUCAUUUUGUACAGAUAGAUGUAAAGCUAUACUGUUUUUGAAAUGCUGAUGAGUUUCAUAAGUGACUUACUAUAUAGUAAAGGGACUGCUGUUUGAGAAACCCAAGGCCAGAGACUUCCAGUUGAUGUCAUGGCAAGAUGGCUGUGAAGAAUGGGGGCUCCUGUAAUCACGCCGGUAAUUUGUUCGACAGUGAGCUGCGAGAGGCUCAUCCAAGCCCUGUUGGGGCAGGGAAUAGAAGCCCGAGCGUACUUCUGGACAAUGUGGGGCGACGGCUCCACAUUUACUUGGAGAAACUCAGGAUUUUCUCAAACAACAUGGGAGAGAUCUGCUUCUUGCAAGCCAUCAACGACCAGAUGUAGCAUAGAACAAAAGCUUGAAGUACAUCGGACUGCUGGCUUUACAAUGUUUUUGCCUUCAUUGUACAAAAGAGAACUUUACAUGCACAACAGAUGGGCUCUGCCUUACAUCAGUAACGCGGACUGGAGACAAAAUUGCACGCAGUAGUAUGUGCAUUGCAAAAGUUGAUCUUAUUCCCAGAGACCGGCCAUUUGUGUGUGCUCCCUCAACAACUGAAGGAGUAAUUACAGUGCCUCAUUGCUGUGAUAAAGACCUCUGCAAUAAAAUGGAUCUCCCAAUUCCAACACCAGGUCCUAUACCAGAAAAGUUUUCUCCUAACCUAGGACCAGUAGAAUUGGCUGCUAUCAUUGCUGGACCUGUUUGCUUUGUCUGCAUUUCACUCAUGUUGAUCCUAUACAUUUGCCAUAAUCGUACAGUCAUACAUCAUCGGGUUCCAAGUGAAGAAGAUCCUUCUAUGGAUCGGCCUUUUAUAUCUGAGGGAACUACUUUAAAAGAUUUAAUUUAUGAUAUGACUACAUCUGGCUCAGGAUCAGGUUUACCUUUACUUGUUCAAAGAACAAUUGCAAGAACAAUUGUACUACAAGAAAGUAUUGGAAAAGGUCGGUUUGGAGAAGUCUGGAGGGGGAAAUGGAGAGGAGAAGAAGUUGCAGUGAAAAUUUUUUCCUCAAGAGAAGAACGUUCAUGGUUUCGUGAGGCAGAAAUUUAUCAAACGGUUAUGCUACGCCAUGAAAAUAUUCUUGGGUUCAUAGCUGCAGACAAUAAAGACAAUGGUACAUGGACACAGCUCUGGUUGGUGUCAGAUUAUCAUGAGCAUGGCUCUCUCUUUGAUUACCUAAACAGGUAUACUGUAUCUGUGGAAGGAAUGAUAAAACUUGCUUUGUCUACUGCAAGUGGACUUGCACAUCUUCACAUGGAAAUUGUUGGUACACAAGGAAAACCAGCUAUAGCUCAUAGAGAUUUGAAAUCAAAAAAUAUCUUAGUAAAAAAAAAUGGAACAUGUUGUAUUGCAGAUUUAGGUCUGGCUGUAAGACACGAUUCUGCUACAGACACAAUAGAUAUUGCACCAAACCACAGGGUAGGAACAAAAAGGUACAUGGCUCCUGAGGUACUUGAUGAUUCUAUAAACAUGAAGCAUUUUGAAUCUUUCAAAAGAGCAGACAUUUAUGCAAUGGGAUUAGUUUUCUGGGAAAUAGCUCGUCGGUGUUCAAUUGGUGGAAUUCAUGAAGAUUAUCAAUUACCCUAUUACGACCUAGUCCCUUCUGACCCUUCAGUUGAAGAAAUGCGGAAAGUUGUUUGUGAACAGAAGCUAAGACCCAAUAUUCCAAACAGGUGGCAGAGCUGUGAGGCAUUACGAGUAAUGGCCAAAAUUAUGCGGGAAUGUUGGUAUGCCAAUGGUGCAGCAAGGCUAACAGCUUUACGCAUUAAGAAAACGCUGUCACAGCUCAGUCAGCAAGAAGGCAUAAAAAUGUAGUCUUGAUAUUGAAGGAAACUCUUAAAGGUCCAUAUCUGCACCUGGUUUGUGCAUUGAGAAGGCUAAUUGUUCUACCUCACUGAGGGAACAGAAGGAUAUUGCUGCCUUAUACACAGGAUAGGAAGAUCAGUUAUUAGCCCAAGAUUUCUAUAGAUGCAGUAAACAGUUGUACAGAUUCUUAUUGUGCACUAUGAACACCUCUUUCCCAGGGCACUAGCCUAGCUUCAGUAAUAUGUAACUCAUUUUUAAAGGUUAACACUGGUCUCUGUUUUGUUGAGAACACGAAGAUCAUGCUUCAGAUAGUGGCACUGGUGCACACUAUUUAUUGCAUUGAAGGAUGUCUUGAACAUUUUCUUAAGCUAUUUGCUUUGCUCAUGAUGGUACACUGUAUAUUCUGAACCACUCUUGGCUUAUUCUUACCAGAUUGUGUAGUCUUUGACUACCAGUACAUGACUAUUGGACACUUUUUAUCAGGAUUUAGAGACAUGACUGCAUUCAACUGAGAGGAACAUGCACAGUAUAUGCAAUUAUAUUUUAUACUAUAUUUCUGCUUUUUCACUUCAGAACAUUACUUGCCUUGUACAUUGUACUGUACCUGUUAGUGCCACUUCUGAAUCUUAAAUGCAGUUCAGUAGGGACAUGCAAAAACUUUGGUGCUUAUAGUGUGACAUUAAAUGAUAUGGCUCUUAGCUAAAAGGGGAUUCCAUAUUCACAUGUGAAUUCCUUUCUUUUUACCAAAAACUCCAAUUCUGUAGACUGUAGGAAUUGAAGUGUACAGAUUUAUUAAGUGCUAUUGCAGUUGUACGUCACAAUGAAUUGUAGUAUCAAAAGUGACAUUUAACUUUUAAGGACUCUUGUAAAAAGCACUUGAAGGUUCUUUUAAAAUUUGAUAUGAGUACUCACCUGUUUAAAAUAAAUUCUAGCUCUUGAAUGCCAUCUAUGGGCGGGGGGGCGGGGGGAGUUUCAGUAAGACCUUAACUGUUCAAAGAAUAGCACUUUGCUAAAAUAGAAGCUGAUCCCUGUUUUUCCAAGAGUGCUCCACAUAUGAAAAUAAUGCAUGCAUCUGGCCUUAAUAGUUAUAAUCUAUAUGUGCAAAAUGGGAUAUUUCCCAGCAUCUGGGGCUGCUAUGUAGAUCAGGUUAAUACUCGAUGUCUUGACAGAUAGUCCACACUGUUGGUUAUUUCUGUACCAUUGUAUAAUUUUGGGGAGGUGCAGGGACUGAAUCUCGGCUUUCUACCCCCUGCCCAUUUGCACAGAUGGAGCUGUUAAAAUUUUCUGCAUUGGCCAUCUCCAACUUACGGGGAAGAGCCUCAUAUGCAAGUCUGACCUGAGACCUCCAUCUGUUAACUGGGAACCUGUAAGCCAUUUUUUCUCAGCAUACACUUAACUAGAAAACUUGGUUUCUAACUAAUGGGUUUAGUUCUGCAAAACAGCAAAAAAAUCCCAAAUUAAAAUAUCUGGUGCCGACACCAAGGACACUGAAAAUAUGCACAACAAUUGUGUUUAAAGGUAUAUUUUGAAUGUCUCUUAAAUAUUUAAAUCUUGCACACAAGUUGGAUCACUACUAAUAUCUUUAAAACAAUUAUAUUUAUAAAAGAAAGAGAAAAGAAAUGGGAGUCUUAAACUAGUCUUGAUUUGCAUAAAAUUUAAAAUGUGUUAAACAAAAGGCAUCAGCUUGGCUUUGCCUUUAUUCAACACAGAGAUGAAUUAAAAGUGUAGAUUUCAAGAUUUGCAAUCAUUUUACACGAAUGCAGAAAAAUAGUAAACAUUAACUGUGUAGCAGCUAUCUGUUAUCUUAACUAUCCAUAACUCCCUCCAGUUAAAAUGAUUUUUCUAUUUUAGUUUAUUACAUAUCCAGAAUAUAUAACAUACCUUGUAAAAGGAGACCACUGUAAAGUAGCUCAAAAUUUUAGGGAGGUCUUUUUUUCUGUUCUUUAAGUAGGCUUUGCAACAGGCAAAUUGCCUAUCCUGAAAAUUGUACACAGUUAUUUGUGGCUUUGGCUGUAACAUAAUUUGAAUUUUGUUUAUAUGUUUUCCAUUGUUUGUCAAUGUCUUGUGAAUGAGUGUCUGCAUAUAAUAUAGAACUUUUUAUCUGUUGCUUGCAAGAUCAUGUACAAAUUUGUCAUGGAAAAAUUAGAGUAUUUCCUCAGCUUGGUUUUCCUCCCCAAAUCAGGAAAAUCUGGGAAGUAUCCAGGAACAAUUUGGUGUUUCAGAAGGUUUCCCCAUUUCUUUUUGCUGUCUCUGCUGCCUUCCCAGGUCAUUCCUGGCAGACUCCAAAGCACCAUCCCAGUCUUCCAUUUUCCUUAUUUUCAAGUGGGAGUGCAGAAGCAGCAGUAGCCACAACAGCAGCGUGAAGGAAGUGUUUUUCUUUCUCUUCUUCCUUGAGCCUCCCAGUGUACUGCAAAGCAUUUUAUUACAAGAUGGCAGUUCUUAAGGAGCACUGCCCUUAGUUCUGGGGCACUAUGGAGAAGCAGAGGAAGGAAGCAAAAGUUUUAUUUAUUCUAACAGCUGCUGUGUUUUCCAUGACCCAUUUGGAAGUAAAACGAAGGGUGGGAAAGUGCCUUGGGAUCUGGAGCAGGAGGGAAUCCAUGGGACCCUUCAUCAAGCUGGAGAAGGGUAUAGUGGAGUUCAGAGAUGGGGAUGGGGGCGGUGUCUUAAAAGCUUGCCUGCCUUUCGAAGCAAUCUCUUAAGAGUCGUAGAAGCUGAUUUUUGAUUUUCCAUGACCUGGUAAUAAGAUCUUUAAACUUUUACCCACAAAAGCAUUAAUAUUUUUAGAUAUAAUAUUGUUUUGUUCUGAAGAGUCCAGGGGACCAAAAUAUUUUAGCACUCUUAACAUUAAUUUUAUAUCAUUUCAAAGAUAUACUAGAAUGGUUUCUGGUAUACUACUGAAGUGAACAAUUGUAAAUCUUCACACCAUAUGCAUUUGAUAUCAGUUUUUAUACAGUUUUUUAGUCUAAAAUUGUUUUGAGAUCAUGACAUAUGAUCAGAUUACUUACAGAAUGUAUUGAAAGAAUUCUGUACUUGGAAUGCUGGAACUUGCUAGGGACUUUUAAUCCUCAUAAGCUGGAGUUUUAUUAUAUAUUUCAAUUUGCCUGCCCAGAUGUUCAUAGCCUUUCAUAUUAUCAUGUGAAAUAGGCUAUUCUAGCAAAAUAAUGCUUUGUCAGAUGAAUGCCAAGAAUCCACAUUUUAUUUAGCUCCUGUUUCUACUGUGCCAUUAAAGUGGUUUCAAUAGUAUUUCAGUGGUUUUACAUGUUUUUUUAAUCAGUUGCUUUAAACUUAAAUUACCUCUUUAAAAGACCAAGGUACAUUUACCUCAUUGUGUGUAUAAUGUUUAAUGUUUUUUCCCAAAUUUUCUAAAGGUUGGUUAUUACAUGUCGCAUAAAUAUGUCUCUACAAUUAUAGGUAUUAUACUGAUAAGCCUGCAACAUUGCUGGUACUUAACUGGCUCAUCCAAAGCUCUGUGUAGGCUUUGCCACUUGGAACCUCUUUUAAAGUGGGCUUUCCUGUCAACUUCAGUGUUUGGGGGCGGGGUGCUUCUUGUGCUUUGUGUAGAUGUAUGCACUGCGUGGCCUCUGAUACAAAUUCACUGCUUGUGUGGGAGUUGUGCGUGCACGUUGGAGCAUUUGCAUAUUUAAACAGGACAUGGAUUGAGCUGAUUGUAUCUUCUGCCCAGAUUGCAUAUUUUAUUUCUGUCUUGUGGGGGUUUUUUGGCAAAUAUAUUUGCUGUUUUGUCAAUGUAGCAUCAGCCCUUCCAGAGCUAUAUGGGUAAUUUUUACAUUUUGAAUGAUACAUUUUGAGAAUCUGUACAAAUGUGUCACUUCUAAGCCUUACAAGAAUUGUUCAUUUCCCUGUAUAUGCCUGAUAAUUAUGUAUUUGUAGAGUAUGCAACAGAGAAUUGUAAAUGGUAGAAGAGUGAUGGUUCUUGUUGAAUGCUAACACUACGGUAGAAAAUAAUAAAGCGAUGAAAGAUUUUUCUUUUUUUAAAUAGA